CUUCGACCACCGCACCAACCUCCGACCUUGGAACCUUUCACAACUCACCAUCCCUCGAAAUUUCCACCGUCUCGAGCACUUGAGCGACGGCCGAUGGAAUUCCUUCAGUGAGAGCCUGGCCAAUCUCUCAUCCAACAAAAACCCACCUUCUUGACAACCAGUCAUCCACCUCUCAACAGCCCAUCUGCUUCUGAUGCUGCAGCUACGCCAUCAUGUCUGACCAGGAUGCCAUCAACAGGCUGGACCACGCCGUCAAGGUUGCAGAGGGCACCAGCACCCACUAUGACUACUAUUUGCGUCACCGCAAGACUGCAGCCCAGAUCGCAGAGGAGGGAUUCCCGCUGUUCAAGAACUUGCCUCCUGAGAUGCGAUCACAGAUCUGGAAGGAAGCCAUGCCGCCCUAUGGCAUCUACACUGUCCUGAUGCUCGGCCGAGAGGAGCCCAGGCCUCAGCAGCCUCCCGCUCCCGCACCCAUCGCCUUUCGCGUGGUCUAUCGCCUCGAGCCUGUCCCUCGCGACCAGCAGGACGAUGAAUUGAGGGUACGCCUCGACAACAUGCGGACCAUCCAGGCUGUCAACUCGGAGGCGGCGCACGAGGUGCAGAUGGCCUUUCCUACGACGAUCGACUGCACAGGCGGCAAGAUACGGUUCAACGCCGUGCACGACAGCCUCAACCUGUCGGAUUUGCAGUGCCUCCUGGGGUGCGGAUUCCUCGAGCGAUUCGGGCGGUACACUCAAGGUGCAGUCGUUUUUGCAAACGACUGGCACAAGAUCCCACACACGAUGCUGUUCAACAACCAUGCAUUGUGGCUGCCCGCUGCUCGUAGUUUGCACCCCGAUCGUCAACUCAUGAAGGGAUUCCUGGACUUCCUGGCCGAUUGCACCAAUUUGAAAGCGUUGGGUCUGACUUGCGACAUCCCUUGUGCGGUGUCCCCCCGCUUUCUUUUAGGCUCCCUGCCCGAUCUUGCGUUCUAUCCUCUCCUCACACCGGCCAUGAGGAAUCCAUUUUAUGAGAAGGUCUGGCGCGGGCGAUCUCAUUUCAGCGGACUUGGUAACUUUUUAGUUAACACCGGGGGCAUCAGGGCUUUUCUACACGAAAUGGAUCCUGCCCGAUUCCCGCCGUACCCACAACCAGCCACCUUCUCCCCCACGGAGAAUCAUCUUCAAUUCCUGGCUGUGGUCCCCGUCGGCGACGAGGAGUUUUUCUAG